AAGGAACUUUGUGAUGGCACAACUGAUCCAAAUAUGGGACCAAUAUGUGGAAAGCCUCUAAGCCUCAGUUUCAACUACAGAACUGGGCAACUUUACAUUGCAGAUUCUUAUUUAGGGCUUCGAGUAGUAGGCCCUUGUGGAGGACUUGCAACCCUACUUGCCUCAAGCGCAGAGAACGUGGCCUUCCAGUUCCUCAGCUGCGUGGAAGUGGACCAGCUCACUGGCACCGUUUACUUCACAGAUGUUAGUCAAUUUUACGAUCUAAGAAACCACACAGAACCCGGAUUUUUUAAGGACUUCAGUGGGAGGCUGCUAAGCUAUGAUCCUGAGACCAGACGAGCAUCCGUGUUGAUGAAAGGGAUCGGCGCUGCCACUGGUGUCGCCAUCAGUGCAAAUGGAAACUUUCUGCUUGUGUCGGAGAACCUCACAAAGAGAAUUCAUAGGUUUUGGCUGAGAGGUUCCAGGGCUAGCACCUCGGAAAUUUUCUCGACCCUUCCGAGAAACCCAUACAAAAUUCGGAGGACGGCUUCAGGAGACUUCUGGGUGGCAAUGGCUACUUGGAACACAGAAGCAACGCCGUUUGAGGUUUUUCCGUUGGCCCAGAAGUUCAAUUCGAAAGGUGGUGUUGUGGCAUAGUUGGACUUCGAUAAGCAGUACCAUAACAAGGCGAUGACCGGCGUUAUGGAGCACAAGGGAGCACUGUACCCAACGUCCCCUUACGUUAGCUUCAUUGGCGUGUACAAGAGCUCGGAGACCUCUAGGUCUGCACUUUAGACUACCAUCCAAGCAACUGUUAGCACAAAUAAUGUUGAAUUGAACAUGCUACGUAACUUGAAAUAAUUGCAUGAAAAAUAAUUUCUUGGAAAUGCU